UAAAAAUUAUCUUACUGGAUAAAGCAGGACACUCACCUCAGCCAGAACCAUUUGUCCUAAUUCCUUCUUUUCACCUUAGGUAAAAUUAUGAACUCUGUCAAUGGCCACUUGGUCACUGUGGUAUUUAUUGCAGGGACUGCUGACAUUCAGGGAUGUGGCCAUCGAAUUCUCUCAAGAGGAGCAGGGAUGCCUGAACCACACUCAGAGGGAACUGUACAGGGAUGUGAUGUUAGAGAACUACGGACACCUCCUCUUCUUGGAUCUUGUUGUGUCAAAGCCAGACCUGGUCACCUUUUUGGAGCAAAAAAAGGAGCUCUGGGAUGUGAAGAGAAAGGAGAGCAUAGCCACACACCCAGGUAGGUGGAAAUGAAUGAAGCAGAUAAUGGAGGUGAGGCCCAACGUUCAAGGAGAAAGCCAGACAGACCUUUAAGUGUGAUUUGCUCUCUUUGAAUGGAAAUAAGUUUGAGAAGCCUAGGUUUAUUUCUUUUGCUGUCACAGAGGGACAUCUGCUGUCCAACAUUAUCAAGCUCUUACAUACUCUAAGGAUCCUCCUUCAGCUCCAGUGAUGGUCCAUCACAUCCACAGGGAGGGCCCAGGGCCUCCCCUUGGUCUGUGAGGGCCACAGAGAUCUCAGUGCUUUUC